AUAGUAUCCAGAGUAGUACUUGAGGUAAUAUCCAGGAUAGUAAGGAUAGUAUCCAUGAGAUCUAUGUAUAUGUGUACGUAUUUAAACAUUAGUAUAAAUCGUUAAGAAAUAAUGAUUUUGCCAACUUGAUAGUAAAUUAGUACCCGAAUUGAGCUUCAGCGUCAUCUUUAUUAUCGUCUUCAACAGGAUUGGUGAGAGCGCAGAUUUUGGAGCUUUAGAUUCGAAAUUUACAAUGGAGCCAAUAGAAGAAUUUUCAGUCGUGGGAAUAGCAAUUGCGAAAGAAGAGAGAAAGAAAAGGAUUAGGGAAACAACGAUAGUAAAAAAAAAAGAUAUUUUGGUUUCAUUGUUGAAAAGAUUUAAUUAUUUGGUUUUUUUUUCUGUUUAUGCACGAAGUUGAAAUUUUCUGGAAGAUGGAAUUUUAUGUUCUUUUAUAAUUUAUUUUUCGUAAUUAAAUAACCUCUGUUUUAAGCAGAUUUCUUUUUUUUUUAAUUUGAUCUUUUUUAGACACUAAAAUCAUAUUUUGAUUAGUUAAAUUAGUUUAUUAAAGCUUUACCUGUUAUCAAUGUUACGCGAUCCU